AUGGCGAGUCCUGCGAAGGAUAACUAUCGAAUGAAGAGUUACAAGAACAAAGCCCUAAAUCCCGAGGAAAUGCGUCGGAGAAGAGAAGAGGAAGGAAUUCAACUGCGCAAACAGAAACGAGAGCAACAGCUCUUUAAAAGAAGAAAUGUGGAGCUGAUCAAUGAAGAUGCCUCCAUGUUUGAUAGUCUCCUUGUGGAUUCCUGCGUUAGCUCCACAACGUGUGGGGAGGGAGUGAUCACAAGAGAGAUGGUAGAGAUGCUUUUCUCAGAUGACCCUGAUCUACAGCUAGCAACCACUCAGAAAUUCAGGAAGUUACUCUCCAAAGAGCCAAAUCCUCCAAUAGAUGAAGUGAUAAACACUCAGGGAGUGGUGGACAGAUUUGUUGAAUUCCUGAAGAGAAGUGAAAAUUGCACGCUACAGUUUGAAGCGGCGUGGGCACUGACGAAUAUCGCAUCGGGAACUUCCCAACAGACAAAAAUAGUAAUUGAGGCUGGGGCAGUUCCUAUAUUUAUAGAGCUGUUAAACUCUGACUUUGAGGAUGUUCAGGAGCAGGCUGUCUGGGCAUUGGGGAACAUUGCUGGAGACAGCUCUGUGUGUAGAGAUUAUGUCCUUAACUGCGCUAUUCUUCCUCCCUUAUUAAUGCUCCUUACAAAGUCCACCAGGUUGACAAUGACACGAAAUGCUGUCUGGGCCUUGUCGAACUUGUGCAGAGGAAAGAGUCCACCCCCUGAAUUUGAUAAGGUAUCUCCCUGCCUGCCAGUGUUGUCCCGAUUGUUAUUCAACAGUGACUCUGACUUGCUGGCAGAUGCAUGCUGGGCUCUUUCCUACUUAUCAGAUGGCCCCAAUGAGAAAAUUCAAGCAGUUAUUGACUCGGGAGUGUGUCGGCGACUGGUGGAGCUGUUAAUGCACAACGACUACAAAGUGGCCUCCCCGGCCUUGCGAGCAGUUGGCAACAUCGUGACGGGGGAUGACAUCCAAACCCAGGUGAUUCUGAACUGUUCAGCCCUGCCUUGUCUUCUUCAUUUGUUAAGUAGUCCCAAGGAGUCGAUCAGGAAAGAAGCCUGCUGGACUAUAUCUAACAUCACGGCAGGAAACAGAGCACAGAUACAGGCGGUCAUAGAUGCAAACAUUUUCCCGGUACUGAUAGAAAUCUUGCAGAAAGCAGAAUUCCGCACGAGGAAAGAGGCAGCGUGGGCUAUUACAAACGCAACGUCAGGAGGAACUCCCGAACAGAUCAGGUACUUGGUAAACUUGGGUUGUAUCAAGCCUCUGUGUGACCUGCUGACUGUCAUGGACUCCAAGAUUGUGCAGGUGGCGUUGAACGGCCUGGAGAACAUCCUGAGGCUUGGAGAGCAGGAAGCCAACCAGAGCGGGACGGGCAUCAACCCGUACUGUAGCUUGAUCGAGGAGGCCUACGGUUUGGAUAAGAUAGAGUUUCUACAAAGCCAUGAGAACCAAGAGAUCUACCAGAAGGCCUUUGACUUGAUUGAGCACUACUUUGGAGUAGAGGAUGACUCCGCUCUAGCCCCCCAGGUAGAUGAGAACCAACAGCAAUUCAUCUUCCAGCAACCUGAAGCCCCCAUGGAAGGUUUCCAGCUAUAAUGUGCCCAGGGGGAAGAAAAAAAACCCACCACAAACUUGCCGGAAAGCAACCGGGAGCAGCUGAUUGCCCCAUCCCCUCCUCGCAAACGGAAGGCUAAACACCCACUCCACCUGCUAGGAAACUGUUCUUCCUUCAAACAACUAGAAACAGUGCUUUGUCCUCGUGGAGAGAAGGGGAUGUUCUUACACCUUUUUUCUUUUUUGCUGCUGCGUACGUGUCUUUAAAGCAGGCAUCUGGGUGGAGGAAGGACACUGAAGUAACAGAUUGCACCUCUUGGGUUUUGUUUUUUCUUUGUGGUGAUCUCUCCCAAAUGUCACUUCUUACCUCGGGUACUUAAUUGAGAUUGCAGCAUUGGGUUGGGUAAGAACACAAAUAGGAAGUUAAGCAUUCUGACAACAGUAAUUCUGGAAACCUGAGUUGAUCUAUUUAAUUUUUUUGCACAUGUUACUCUUUAUUAAAGACUCUAAUUUGCCAAGAGCAAAGCUUAGCCCUGGCCUUUCUGCGACCCUCCUUCAGCGGACAGUCCUGUUGAACCUGGGCC